AUGCGUUCUCAUUCAUGUUUGAUUGUUGUAUCGGAGAAAAUAUUAGUGCAAGGUCUCUACACGCAGUUCAUUUGUAAAGUUAGUCAACUGGGAGACUUUCCCAAUAUCGAUGUGGUUUUGACAGUUGAGAUAGCAAGUGCGCAUAAGGUAAACAUUGUACUACAACACUUGUAUGAAGCUACGAGAAACUCAUAUGGGCUAGACGUAGAUAUACAAGUAGGGUUUGCUAAGUGGGUGUUCAAAGAUCCACAUAAACAAUGGUCCCAAAUUUACAUUGCUGACGGCGACAACAUCCCUCAUCAACUGCAAUUGAACAAUAUCUCUAAUGUCGAACCAGUUCACAUCUGUUUUAACCCCAGCGACACUAGCACAACUGAAUAUACUAAUGAGUCAUCUGCAAACGACUUCAAUGCUGAGCAGUUCAGAGUCGUUGCAGUUGGAGGGACUUUUGACCAUCUUCACGAUGGUCACAAGAUUUUGCUAGGCAUUAGUGCCUUUCUGUCAAGAGAUGAACUAAUUGUAGGAGUUACAGGGGAAGCAAUGCUGAAGAAUAAAAAAUACAAAGAUUAUCUGGAAUCUUUCAUAGAACGCAAGGAGAAAAUUCUUAGGUUUUUGGAUUUUGCAUAUCCCGGUCUUCCAGUGGCUAUACAUGAAAUCAAUGAUGUUUGUGGGCCAACAGCUACGGUAAGAGAAAUUGAGGGACUCGUCGUUAGUGAAGAAACAAGCUCCGGAGGAGAAUAUGUCAAUAAGGUUCGUCGAGAGAAGAACCUCCCCGCGUUAGAGGUCUUUGUUGUGAACGUUCUUGGUGGUUCGGAUAAGACGAGCUUUAGUGACAAAUUGAGUAGCACUGAGUUGCGCAGGCGGGACUACGAGAAGGCUACUGCCCAAAUUUGA